CGCCGCCUCGCGUCUCCGACCGUCGAGAUGGCGAAAAUGGCGUUCGCGGUCUGACAUUGUGCUCGUAGCGUCCCUGGGUUACAGUUCCUGUGUGCAGUGCAUGCGUUUCCGCCAUGGAUCGCGACCCGUCGUUGAGCAACGGUGUUAUCCUCCGGCUUUCUGCCGGUGUGCUGUUGUAGCAGAUCGUCGUCUGCGAUGGGUGCCGCAAUGGGCAAGGGCGGCUCCCUACUGGAUAGCCUACCGCCUAACCAGUCACUCCAUGUCGUUAUGCUUGGUCUCGACUCGGCGGGCAAGACGACCGCCCUGUACCGUCUCAAGUUCGACCAGUACCUCAACACGGUUCCGACGAUCGGAUUUAACUGUGAAAAAAUCAAGGGCACUACAGGCAAGGCGAAGGGGACCAGCUUCCUCAUAUGGGAUGUAGGUGGUCAGGACAAGUUGAGGCCGCUCUGGCGGUCCUACACAAGGUGUACGGACGGCAUAGUUUUCGUCUUGGACUCUGUGGACGUGGAGCGGAUGGAAGAAGCACGAAUGGAGUUGCUACGGAUCGCCAAGGAAAAUGCUGGAGUACCCGUGCUUGUGUUGGCCAACAAACAGGAUUUGCCUGGAGCGAAGGAACCCAGGGAGAUUGAGCGUGUGCUCGGAUUACAUGAACUGGGCUCGGGGCAUCUGUGGCACGUACAGCCGGCUUGUGCUAUCAUUGGAGAAGGAUUAGAUGAAGGACUGGAGGCGCUUUAUGAGAUGAUACUCAAGCGAAAACGUCUCGCGAAACAAGCGAAAAAGAAACGGUAACUGGUUGUUCCAGCGUCAAGCUGUGCUUGCGGUUGGUAGCAGAAACACCGCUUUGUUUUCGUUGUCGUCUGCUUCGUAUUUGCCUGGCUGGAAUGGCUGUUGAAGCUGUCUGCCAAGUGUGUGUGUGUAAACAGACGACAGCGAUGGGCACCUGUCGCUGAGCGAUAGCUGCCGCGGUGAGUGUUCGAAUUUUAUUGAGGCCACAGAAAUACUCCUGACAAGUGUGCGUUUAUUUUACUGUGCAGAGGCUAUCGUGACGUGAAUAUGAACAACGCUACACUCUGCAUUCACUGAACGGAAUGCGGAAGUCGCGACUAUGACCUAAUCCGCCAAUCACAAUGCGAUCAUUGAGUAGCGUCGUAAUCCUAUUGGGCAAGAGUCGCGACUUCCGGUCGCACUUCUCCGCAUUAGAACGAAAAGGUAACCAAAAAUGAUAACAGGUGUAUGCGUGUAGCGUUGUUGAAAGUGUUUUUAAGCUCUACUGUCGUUUGUAGAAACUUCGCUGACCAAAACCUAGUGAUAUGGAGCGCUUCUACGCCGUUUUUGUUUGCACCGAUUUCGCGUAACGAAAACCGCGCUCCACACGACGUAGAAACGCUUCAUGUCGCUAGAGCAUAAUAAGGAUGUUUUCACAAAGCGUCCAGGGUAGCUGCAAUUAAAAGGGCCGUGCAGUUAAACAAAUGGUUGUGUCAGGAUACCAGUAGUUGGCUGGAUGCAGUGAAGUUUGACGUUUCUAACUUGUUCUGCUUGUUUGCUGAGCCAAAUCAGCGUGGUUAGGCGUACUGUUUAGCUAUGAUCUCAAAGAACAAACUCGAGAAUGUUGUCGAACUGUGACGGGACGAGUGAGCCUCCGCCGAUGAAUUGAAAGAAAUUAAAAAAAAAAAAAACUGCGCACAGUUCUAGUCAACACAAGAAACAUAUUGCGCUUUGUCUCACAUUGAGAAGGCAUGUGAAUUAAUCGCUCGAGAAAACAUCUCCUAAGUCUCGCUAGUCUCAUUCUCUCAGCCCCUCCUAAGCGAAUAAAUGGCCUGACUGUGUAACUUAAUGGGUCGCGAGUGUUACAUCUGAGACGCGUCGUAUUGCUAUAGCGUCGCAAUCUUCCCGUCCUUCAGAGUGAAGCGAAGUUUCCACCCCGUCAAAAUUAUCAGCAGGGACACGGUGUUGUAGGAGCCAUCUUGUAGCUUUCUCAGCUCUAGACACCAUUUAUGAUCUGUGCAGCGAUGCCAAAAGCCAACUUUUCAGCAACCCGUUCCUAACAUGAAUACUACUGGAACUAGAGUCGCUAAAAUGAGUGACUUUAGCUGGAACAAAACAGUUCUGUCCUUGCCUCUUCCUGGAAGCAUUCUGUCACACGUACAUCUUGGCAUCGGUCCAACCCUAGCACAAAGUAGUCCCAUUGACGCAGAGUUUAUCUUGACGUGGAUGAUCCGUAAUCCUUUUCCGACAUCUCUGGCCUCUUGUAAUGGGGAAAGAGUGCUCACAAACCCAAUGCCUUACUUGGGAGCUUUCUUAGAGUGUGUUUUCAUGCAGAAGCUGUUGAGUGGUGGUUGUGUAUGUAUGUGAAUCUCCUCUCAUGAUUAUGGUUAAAAAAAACAGCGUCGUCUGCAAGCUUUCUUAUUCGGCAGAAGGAUGAUGUCAUCUCACAUAUGCACUUCUGUUAUCUACGUUCAGAAAUGUGUGCUUUGCUCAAUUGUACCAUGUUUUUACGUCUUUUAUGUGUUCUGUUUGUAUGUUUUAAAGAGUUUAACAUCCUUAUGAAUCCAUGUCUACACGUACGAUAAGAGAUAUCCAAUUCUGUUGCUGUGAAGCGCGUCUGGCUUCAACAGUACCACUAGCCCACUUCCAAAUUGGUCUGUAAGCCCGAGAAUUCUCGUAAUAUGCGAUCAGUGUCCCAAGGAAGGGACCGAAAUGUCGACAUUACUGAACGAUGAUAUGACUGCAACCUUCAAAUUUUGUCCCUUCAACAAAAUUCUAUGGAAGAAGACGAGGCCAAAUGCAUUCAGAGUUUCUGACCAGACCUAGCAUAUUCCUUCCAAAAAAUUACUGUCGAAUUACUGUCGAAAAAUUACGUUUGCACCGUGGAGUCGGCUUUAUUUAUGGCUCGCAUGAUUUACGGACCCCUGGUUCACAAUCACGUCCAAGGUUUGUGACAUACCCCUCCAACAGCCAAAACUUUCACCAUGUCCAUUUCACCAUUUUGAAGCAUCCCAGCUAUGAUCCAGUCUCUUUCUCAAUGCACUGCUGCGACACAAAGCAAAAUGUGUCCCUGUUUGUUCUGGCCCGCUUUUUCAGGGCAUUGGUGUGUUUCGAGAUGUCAAGAAUAUCCUGCCAUUCAGCGUGAAGUGUUUUGAAAACAAGUGUGCACAUUUUUUGAAGCAAAUUUGUACAUAAGCGACUUGGAAAGAGUGCUGUUAUAAGACAAUAAAUCAUUGACAGCGGAUAAAGCUGC